GCUAUAAAAUUAUUCUGCUGAGCACUGUUAACGUAUCUCCCAAGUUCUACUUCUCCCUUGGCCUUUAGAUUGCUAUUAUUUCAGACAAGAUUUGUCAAGUAUAAAUGGGGAUUCCUACACCUUCCCCUCAUUAUUGUUUGGUAUUUGAGUCCCUCUCCCUAUAUAUUCACAAGUUCAUCUCUUUAUACGACUCAUUCAGGUUGUUUUCAGGACUGUAUCAAAUGUUGUAUACGCGUUUGGAAGAAAUAUCUACUAUUUUUUGAGGUGCUUGCUCUAUUCUAUUGUUGCGAAUAGAGAUCAUGGCUGGCCAGGGAAUUCUGGGAGUUGAAAUCCAAACAUCUUAAAAGUUGCCAAGGUUGAAAAAAGGGCCCCAGAACGAUUAACCCCGCCCUUCCACGCUCAAGUGGCCGGUUGCCGUGACUGAACACCCUUUGAUCAGCCUUCCCUUCCUUCCGCUGCCCCGCCUUUCUAUCAGCGUGUGCGCAUGCUCACGCGGCCGUGAAAGAGAAGGAGGGGCGAUGGCAGGGCGUGGGCCUUUGGGGAAACGCUUGGUACCAGUGUUGCUAAGCGACGCGUGGUUUGCCGCGCGGCCUAUGUGUCGGCUCCCUGCGACUACUUGCGGGAGGGCGCAAUUCGCGAUGGGCACCGUCGGUGAAUUCAUGAUAUACAAUUAGAAGUCUCUGAGUAUGCUGGGAAGACCCUUUAAGCCUCUGGAAGAGAGACAGGAAUAAUAUAAAAGAGAAAAAUGAAGCCAACCAGUGAACCUCUGCCUCGUGAACAUAGUACUGAGGCUGUUCUACAGUGCAUUUUAAAGGAGUCCACUACUGAAUUGGAUAAUUUACAAUGGCUAUCCUAUCAAGGUGCUUCCGAUCAUAAUUUUCUGUUUGCAAAGGCUGAACAACUUCUGGAAAAACGAAUCAAAGAUGGAGAGCCACUGGCAUAUUUUCUCAAAGGGCAACUUUAUUUUGAAGAGAAACGGUAUGAAGAUGCAUUAUUGUAUUUUGAACAAAACACGGAUUUUCAGUCCAUGUAUCAGUUGGGUGUAAUGUACUACGAUGGAUUGGGAACUCCUCCAAAUGCUAAGAAAGGAGUUGAAUAUAUGAGGAAGAUUCUCGACUCUGACUCCCCUAAAGCAAGACAUUUAAAAUUUGCUGCUGCAUACAACCUUGGCCGAGCUUACUACGAAGGACAUGGGACUCAAUUUUCUGAAGAAGAAGCUGAAAGAUUAUGGUUUAUUGCUGCAGAUCAUGGGAACCCAAAAGCAAGUGUAAAGGCUCAGAGUACACUUGGAAUGUUGUAUUCAGCAAAUGCUAAGGAUCUUAAAAAGGCAUUCUUUUGGCACUCAGAAGCUUGUGGGAAUGGAAGCUUGGAAUCUCAAGGCAUCCUUGGGAUUAUGUAUCUUCACGGACAUGGCGUACGUCAUAACUUGAAGGCUGCUUUGGAGUGCCUCAAUCAGGCAUCAGAUCGAGGAAAUGUCUAUGCUAAAGGCCAUUUGGUGGAGUAUUAUUACAAAAGAAAAUGUUUUAUAAAAGCGGCCGAGUUUGCCAAAAGAGUAACCGAAAACGACAAUGUUGAAAAGAUAGCAGAGGAAACAGAUUGUCUUCCUUUUUACAUAAGCAGAGGACUUGCAAUGGCUUCUUUCUACUUGGCCAGAUGCCUCCAGCUUGGCCGAGGAACCCAACAAGAUUUAACAGCUGCUAAAAAAUAUUAUUCUAAGGUAAGGGGGGGGGGCUCUAUCUUUUUAAUUGGAUGUGAGUGUACUUCCAUAAGUUUACUGUUAGACUUAUCUCUGAUAUAUGAAACAGAAUUAUACAUGAAAAUGGGGUGUUGGUUCUUACCUGAUACGCCCCUUCUCGAGGCAGGUGGAGAUAGCGAUCAUGCACGGGUUAACUCAGUCAGUAACCAAGAGAACUGAGUCUACCAAAGUGAUAUCAUCGCCUCAGAGGAGUGUCCUUCCGCUCUUGUGACGAAGGAGAUAAGUAGACUGCUGUGCGUUAGUCGACUGCUUUCAAUCCUCCGAAACUCUAACCUAGCUCCAGAAUUCCCUCUGUGAACUAGGCCAGGAACCAAAGGGUGGGGAUGACCGCUGUCUCCACCUGCCUCAAGAAGGGGCGUAUUAGGUAAGAACCAAAGCCCCAUUCUCCAACGUUGGUGGAGACAGCAGUCAUGCAUGGGACAUCCCAAAGCUGGGCAUGUCCCCGAGUGGGAAUGAGACUGGGCUAGGAGCUUGAAGAGGGAAGAACUUGUUGAAGCACCCACCGUCCAAAUGCCGCAUCCACCGAUGCGUAUCUGUCCAUCUUAUAAUGGCGGAUAAAGGAAUUGCGGGUCGCCCAGGUGGCUGCCUUGCAGAUCUGUUCCACUGAGGCCUGCCUUGUCCACGCUGCUGAUGUAGCUGCGCUGCGAGUGGAAUGCAUCGUGAUGUUGGAUGAAGGUGUGAGGUGAUUCGUCAGAUAAGAUCUACUUAUGGUUGACUGGAUCCAGCAUCCAACCAUAGAUGGAGAAGCCUUUAGACCCUUGUUUGUGGGAUGGAAAGACACAAAGAGUGCUUCGGCACACUUAAAGACAGCCAGAGACUGAUGAAAGGCCAAAUUGACCUUUGGGACAAAGGUGGGAUCAAGUCGAAGGACCAUGUGGUCUGAGUGAGAAGUACACAAGUCGGAAUGGAUGGAAAGGGCCGCCAAUUCUGAGACCCGUCAUGCAGACACGAUAGCCACCAGAAAAGUUGUUUUCAGUGUGAGGUGAUGCAGGGAGGCCGACCUGAGAGGCUCAAAGGGUGGUCCAGUGAAAAAGUCAAGGACUUUGGUUAGAUCUCAUGAGGGGAAGUGGUGAAUGACAGGAGGGCAGAGAUUAGACACGCGCUUAAUGAAGUGGCAUACAUGAGGGUGCAAGGAGAGAGGCUCAUCCCGGUGAAGAGAGAACCGAAGAGAGAGCCGACACCUGCCUUCGUAAGGUGUUAGGCCCAAGUCCUUUAUAUAGUCCCUGUUGCAGGCUCCAAAACCUAGGGAAACGAAGCCUCCAGGGGCGAAACCUCUUUAGAAAGGCACCAUGUGCUGAAAGUCUGCCACGUUGAUUCGUAGAUUCUAUUAGUGGCCAGGUGUCAAGAAGCCUGAAUAGUUUGAAUUACAGUCUCAGAAAGGUUUGCCGCUCUCAAGACCUCCCACUCAGCCUCCAUGCGGUUAGGCGGAGCCAAGAUAGGUCAGAAUGGUGGAUGGAUCCCUGGUGAAGAAGGGAUGGUAUCAGGGGAAGACACACUCUGGGCCCACUAAGAGGUUGAAGAGGUCCGCGAACCAUGGACAGUGCAGCCAAUGGAGGGCGAGUAGGAUGAGCUCGGCCUCUUCCUCUAUCAUUUUCUGAAAGACCCUCUGUAUCAGGGGGAAGGAAGGGAAGGCGUACAGGAGACCAUGGGGCCACCUGCAUCUUAAGACACCCGUCUCUUCCGUGCCUGGUGUCGUGUAGCGAGACAGGUACCUGGGCAGUUGAUUGUUGGAUGCCAUUGCGAAGAGAUCUAGCACCGGGGUCCCAUACCUGGUCGACAGCUGUUUGAAGAUGUGACAGUUGAGGGUCCACUCUGCAGGAUCGGUUGUUGUGUGGCUCAACCAGUCUGCUCUGGUGUUGUUGGAGCCCGAGAUGUGUUUGGCAUGGAGGGAGAGAAGGUUGACUUCUGCCCAGAUCCCUAGGUGAAAGAUUUCAUGAGGGACACUGCUCUCGUCUUCCCCUGGCGGUUGACAUGUGCCUUGGCUGUUGUGUUGUCUGUCCGAAUUAGCACAUAUGUGUUGCAAACUGAAGACUGGAACUGAAGGAGAGCCAGAUGGAUGGCCCUCAACUCUAGCCAAUUCAUACUGUGGGAAAGUUUGGAAUUGGACCAGAGACCCUGAGCUAUCUGAUCCUCCAGGUGAGCGCCCCAACCCAUCAAACUCACGUCCAUCAUAACUACAAGAUGAGGUGGUUUCCUGAAGAUGGACCUCUGAGAGAUGGCCGGGGAGAUCCACCAGUCCAGAGAGUGAAGGACUUCUGGAGUCAACCUGACUUUUGCUAGGGAACAGCUGCUGUUGGUCUUCUGGAAUGGCAGAAGAAACCACUGGAGGCAGCGGCUGUGAAGCCGCGUCCAAGGACGAUGGAGAAGCAAGAGACCAUCUUCCCCAGCAGUUGAGACAGCUGGAGAAGAGGGGCCUGCUGUCUCCUCCAUACCUUGAAGGCUAAGUCCCUGAGGCUGAUCUGUCAUUCCCAAGACAGGAAGACCUUCCCCUGAGCAGAGUCGAUGAGAGCUCCCAAGUGCACUAGACGAGAGGUGGGAACAAGGUGAUUUUUCUCCCGAUUGAUGGAGAAUCCCACCUCCUGAAGCACCUGCAAGGUGUCGAAGAUCCCGCAGGGCCUGGUUGCAUGAUCUGGACAACAGGAGGAUGUCGUCCAGGUAGCAAAAUAUCCGAAUGGGUCUUGCACGUAAGUGGGCUUCUACGGCUGACAGGAGCUUGGUGAAGACUCUUGGGGCUGAUGAUAGCCCGAAGGGAAGGGCCUGAUACUGAAAGUGACAGCCCACAUAGACAAAUCAGAGGAACCAUCUGUGUUGUUUGUGAAUGGGUACGUGGAGGUAAGCCUCCGUGAGAUUCACUGAUGUGAGGAGAUCAUAUCUGCGCACACUCUCUAGGAUUGAUAGGAGAGAGUGCAUUUUGAAUCUCCUGUACCUGAUGAAUCAAGAAUUUGAGAUCAAGGAUCGCUCUCCAGCCCCCCCCCCCAAAGACUUUGGUACGGUAAAAAGACGAGAGUAGAACCCUUGUCCCACCUGGCACAGGUUGAAUGGCCUGAAUGAGGAGCAGAUGAUGGAUGGCCUGCUUUACUAGGAGCCUCUUUUGAGGAUCCCUGGAUAUGGGGCACGGGAGAAAGUGGUUCGGAGGGCUGGAGCACAAGUCCAAGAGAAGGCCCAAUCUGAUCGUGGACCUGACCCAUGUGUCAUUGGUGAUGUCGUCCCAACGAUCCAUGAAGGUCGACAGACGUCCCCUUAUGGGGAGAUCCUCCAGGCAAUCACUUCUGCCUCUUGUAGGAUCGGUUGGUAUUGUCCCUGAAUGACUUUCUGGGCUGGAAUCUCUGGCUGUUUCUACCUGACCUGUUGGAAAAGGAAGGGCCCUGUCUGGGGGAAGCCUGACCUUGCGGACGGGAGCUGGAGUAACCCCCGUCCUGACCCCAAAAGGAUUGACUGCGGCCCUCUUGUUUCUUAGUGGCUGGCUGCAAGACCUUCUGCUUAUCUUUGGAUUCUAUCAAUAGAGGAUCCAAUGGGGCCCCAAAGAGAAGGGGUGAAGAAUAGGGAGAGGCGGCUAGCUUCCACUUGGCACGGGCUUCCGCCUGCCACUGCUUUAGCCAAUGCAGGUGACGAGUGGAGAUGCAGGAUGCUAUGGCCUUGGACGCAAAAUGGGCCGUGUCCAAGGAAGCAUCUGCAGUGUAUUCUAGGGCUGCCUUUAUUUUGUUAAUAUCCCUGCGAGCCCUAGAAUCCCUGGCCGAAGCCUCGCCUGGAGUUGCCUUAGCCAUAAGAGAGCAGAGCCACUAAAGAACGAAGCAGAGGUACUUGCCCUAAUGGCCCAAGCCGAGGCCUGGUGACUCUUGACCAGAGUUUGUUCUAUUCUCUUGUCUUCGGGGCGAAGAGCAUCCUCAGGAGCUGCUGAGGCUGCGUUAGAAGAAGAAAGGCCAAUUAUAGGUAAGUCGAUAGAAGGUACCUCUAAAGCCUUGGUGAGUUCCGGUCCCACGUUAUACAGGCACUUGUCCAAGGUAUUGGGGAGGGGACCUGUACCUGGUGAUGCCCAUUGGUUCUGGACCAUGUCUAUGAAGAUUCUGGGAGACGGAAUCACCUCCUUUUCCACCUUAGGCUGGAUGAAGAAGGGGUCAGUAGUGUCUGCCUUGUCCACUUCCAUUCCUUGAGGUGCUUUAGGGGAAGGGAUGCCAGC